AUGUGGCCCGUCGUCUCUGCACUCCCAUCCUUAUCGCAGCUGUUUUUUUUCCAAAAGGGUCACUUGGUUAUUACGCUCUACCUCUCUCCCGAAAUCUCGCAUGCCAACCAACCGAGGCGACCGACAACACCUGAUACCCAAUCCCUCCUCAAACACACGAUGGCGGAUCCCUCGAAACCACCGGCCGCCGCCAUCCCAAUCGGCGGCGCUGCUGCUCCCGCGCCCGCGGUCCCCGUCCCUCCUCCACCACCUCCACCACCGCCGCCGCCCGGCAACCCAGCCCUCCGCAUGAUGGGCCUGCCCAACCUCCCCAAGAAGCUGCCCUCGCGCAACUGGCUCAUAUUCUGGGCCAUCUGCGGCACCGUCUCCGGUGCCAUCAUCUACGACCGCCGUGAAAAGACGCGCGCGACCGAAAAGUGGCGGCGUGUUGUCGCACCCCUCGCGCGGGAGCCCAUCGGCGCCGCUAACCAGCUCCCGCGCCGACUCACCGUGUACAUUGCCGCGCCGCCCGGCGACGGCCUGCGAUCCGCGCAAGACCACUUCAUCGAGUACGCCAAGCCGGUCCUGGCCGCCGCGGGCGUCGACUGGGAGUUUGUGCAGGGCCGCCAGCAGGGCGACGUGCGCGCAGCCGUCGCGGAGCGCAUCCGGCGCACGCGCAGGGCGGCAGAGCGGCCCGGUGAGGAGAUGCCCGCCACGGGGGAGAGCGUCGUCGAGGACCUGCGCAAGAGGCUGGAGCUGCCACCGUACCAGGGCGUGCAUGGGGACGUCGUCUUUGGCCGGCAUGCGUGGAAGGAGUACGUGCGCGGGCUGCACGAGGGCUGGCUGGGGCCGCUGGAUCCGCCGCCGGCGCCGGUGGUGCCGGAUAUACCUGAGCCGGUCACGACGCCCGACGUUCAAGACGAUGCCGCCGCCUCCAAGCCGGAAGAAGAGAAGAAGAAGAAGGAAGAGGCGAAAAAGGACGAGAAACCAAAGCGCCCGCCGCAGCCCGUUCCCUACAACAAGCCCCAAGACUACGAGGCCGCCUCCCUCCCAAGCACCAUCCCCUCCCAGCUGCAGCCCUCCACCGCCGUGCAGUUCCCGCACCGCCUCGGCUUCCGCCACACCUUUGUGCGUCUCGGCUGGUUCCUCAACCGCCGCGCCCUCGCCGACGACAUUGGCCGCGAAGUCGCCGCCGUCUGCUUCGCCGCCUCGCGCGAGUACCACCCCGCCGACGCCGACACCGCCGAGACUGAACAGCAGCGCCUCCUGCGCCAUGAGGAGCGCAACUGGCCAAAGUCCGUCUGGACGCCCGACGAGCCGCCGAAACCCGAAGACGACACGCGCACGCCCGAGGAAAAGGCGCGCCCGCCAAAGGAAAAUGUGUGGGCAGACGCCAUGGUGGUGGACGGGCGCGUCGCGCAGCGCAUGCGGCGGUUUGAGAUACGGCCCGAGGACGAGGCGCGCGCGAGGGAGGUGGUGGUGCCAGAGGAGGCUGUCGAGGGCUUCAUCAAAGGCAGCAUGCGCGGGCUGUGGCGCUGGGGUGUCAAGCAGUGGACGGAUGAGCCGUGGCGGCCGAAUGUGGGCAACGUGGACGAUGAAUAG